AGUGUUGGCCGGGACCCCUCUUCUUUGACAACAUUACCUGUUAUUCCAAUCUUAUGCCAUUUCACUAUACUAAGUGACUACCAAGAGAAUGUGCAAAUUCUGUAUUGCAAUGUACAAUCCCAGUUUGAAAUGGACUAUUGCAUAAUUGAUAUCAGCACUCCCCUUUGGUUAAGGAAGUGAGCAAAGAUCAAUGGAAUUCUCUAGAGGGUAUGUUGUAAUAGUUUUGGAAAUCCUUGAGGAAUAGUCUUAAACAUUGGAGUUAUUCAGGGUAAACAAAGAAUUCAUGGAAUUUUAUUAGGAAAAAAAGUACUGUUCAAUAAGUUCCUCAGGGGUAAAUUCAUAUCUUAAGAAAGUCUCGCGGGUGAAUGCAGUCUAGUAGAAUUCCUCAGGAGUAAGAAGGAAGUUUAUUAUAUGUUGUCAACCGGGAAGAGGGUGUGGCUAUUAAAUGUGAUAGCCCAAUUUUUUUCUGCCAUUGAAGGAGGACAAAGCACACACAAUGACCGCACACAACAGCAUGCAAGGACUGGACAAAGCAAACAUGAUGUGAUUUUAUUUAGUUGGAUAGUAAACCUUUUAUUCAAUGGUUUACAUAUUGUAGAAGUAUAAUGGACAUGGGUGUUUUGCUCAUUGCUCGCCUAUACAUGACACCAUCCAACACAUGAUUGAUAGAACUCACAUACAAAAGUUAUUCAAAAUAACUUAAUCACCAGUGCCACUAACAAAAGGAGGGAUACAACAAUCUGUUAGUAUGCCAAGUUGUGGUGGUUGCUUUUUGCAUUACCUUGUAUUAAUUUUGUUUUUUCUGGCUUGACUGUUCAUUAGCCACAGGCAUGUGACUCAUUGUUUGUGAUAAAUAUAAACAAUUUGUUUCCUCUGAAAGGAUUUAUCAAAGAGAAGAGAUUCUCCUGAGGCUUAAAAUUCACAUCCAAUUUCUUCCUUAGAUCCUUGGAAGUUAUAAAAAUUGGCGGUUUUUCCACCCUUAAGUUUUUUUUUUUUCGUAACAGCUGAGAAAAAAAGUUCUGUCUCUGCUGUUUAUUGAACUGAUCAAACCAGAGAAAGAAGCUUUCAAU